AUGGAGACUUCAAAGUCCAAAUUAGAAGUAACGAAGGCCCAAAAGAAAAAUAGCUGCUUUAAGGAAGAUGACAACUUUCAUGAUGCCUGAAAACAUUGCAUUAUUAGCAAACUAAAGAAUUCUGAGGGUAGACUCUCGAUUCCAAGAAAUAAGCAUUCUCGUGCUGUUACUCCAAGAACAUAUAAAUCAAAGAAUCUUCAAAAUAACACCGAAGAUGAGAAUCAAUUAGACUCAACCACUAAAAAUUAUUCAGAGAAGUUUAAAGUGUUCAAAUCAACAAAGAAUGAUGAGAUUAGCAAGAGGCUGGACUACCUCCUCUUCCCAAACUCUAAGAUCCAGAAGAAGAUUGAUUAUUUCAUAACACCUUACAAUAACUUAUUAUCAUUGGACAAGCACAUGGAUUUCACAGAGAAGGAGGCUCUCGAGAAUGCUCAGUAUCAAGACCAAGUUCCCAUAUCAAAGAAAUGGAAGCUAAUCUCCAAAGCAUUGAUGAAGGAGAAGGAUGAACUCCUCCAGAUCCUUAAAGCAAAAGCCAAAGCACCUAACAAGACUUUUCGGGAAAAAAGGACAGAAGUCAAGAAGGACAAUAACGGUACUAAGAAAUCACUGAGUAGACGUAAAUGCGUCUUGAGUAGCUUACCUAGACCUGAUUUUGGGAAUAAUUAUAAAAGAAAUAAUUUCAGUGAUUUGAUGAUGGAAUUUUUGGCGAACUCUCAUAACAAAAUACUGCCUAAAACAGAAGACAUAAAUAAGAAUAAAUUGAUGCACAAAUCAUCCCUGAAGAGGUCAUCUUACCCUAGUUCUCACAGGCAUAGAUCAGAUGAAGAACAGGAAAAUAGGAGGUUUAAAGUAUUUUACGCUUCAAGCACUAAGACUAGUCUCAAGGAGCACAAUGAUUGUCUUCACAACAAAAAUCUCAAAAAUAUUAUUAGCAAAAUUUACGAAAAUGGAUCAGAGCUUCCAAAAGUAGUACCUAGAUUCAUCAAACCUAGUCCUGGAACGCUUAACAAGAAUGUAAAUCAGAGGCACACUCUAAAUAUAUUAGAGAAGUCUCCAGUCAAAGGGCAUAGAAGAGGCUACUUCUUGUCAAAAGUUGGAGAAGAUCAAAAUACAAUUCCAGCAACAUCAAGAGGCUCUUAUGAGCCAAAUCAUAUGGUCCCUAAGAACCAGGGCAGAUUUUCAGGACAGAAUAGCAGACCCAAGAUUUGUCUGAGAUCCUCCCUUGUUGCUGUAUACAAGCCUUAAGGCCUACUAGUUAUAUCAUAUACAGUGUAUUCAA